GGGGAGUCUAGCGGUCUCGCACUCUGGCCCCUCAUUUCUCUGCGCGCCUCUGAGCCCCCAGCUCCUCGGUACGUUUAUCCAUGGCGGCAUCUCGCCAAAUCUUACGCUCUUCUUCAACAUCUCCAAUCGUCAAAUCUGUCCUGACUCAAACCCUUCGCUUCAAGACAACAUCAACGACGCCCUCUCACCAUAAUCAACACCAGCUUGAGCAACAAUUUACGAAGCCCAAUGAGUUCUUAGGGAGCUGGAAAGCCCCCAAGGAUCCAAAGGAAGCAGAGGCGAAUUUAGGGCAGUUAAGGAGAGAGUACGCGAAGCAGGUUAAGGAGCUUCGCAAGCAGUAUAUCUAUGAGAUGGAAUUGCAGAAGCAGGAGAAGCAAUUAAAGGACGAAGCCAAGCGAGAGGCUGUUCGUAUUGCCAGGGAGGAGCGAAAGGCUGCCAAGGCCGCUAUGGCUCAGGUUCGAGCUGCUGAGCGGAAGGUCCUUGAAGAGGAGUUCCGUCAAACCCUUUUGAAAGAAAGAGCAGAGAAGUUGGAAUAUUGGAGAUCAAUAGAAAAACGAGUGGAGGAAAAAAAGAAGGAAAAGAAAGAGCUUUUGCGUCGGCAGAGUUCCAUGUGGAUUGAUGAACAAGAGCUGGUGAAGAAAAUAUUGGACGCCCGUGUUGAUACCACCCCUCUCUAAGUCCAUACAUUUCUAUACUUGAUUUUCUCCCAACAGUGAGUGACAAGAACCGACCUUUUUUUUUUAGCUCUUUUUGGAUGGACCUAUAGGUCAAGUUUUGCACUUGCCCCAAUUUGUGAAUUCAAUGAAUUCCAAAUUGACUUUUUUUUUU